CUUAAAUGUAUAGGUUAGUAUAGCAUUAGUGCUUAAUAUGUCAGCAUUCAAUUACCAAAGUUUAUCAAGAGUGCGGGCGAUAUGACACGCUAUAGGAAAGCUCGACUUGAAGGACCCAGGAUGAGAAUUACCCACCCCUAAAACUGAAACCCCCCAGUACCAAAACGUUUUAUAUUUUAUACCAUUUUCUUAAAUUUAUAGGUUGAUAUGGCACUAGGGCUUUAUAUGUCAGCAUUGUCAAUAACCAAAGUUUAUCAAGAAUGCGGCGAUACGACACGCAGGACAAAGAAGUCUUAGACGACCUUAAUGUAAGAAUUAGCCCCCUUGUCCGAAAUGAUGUAAUUUUGAAAUUGACAAUCCUAGUUUCUUAGUUGAUGGUAGUAUUUUUGAUGGAAUUUAGCCCAAUUUGACAAGUGUUUUGUAUAAACUUUUGAGGGUAGCAGAAUCAAAAGGGUUGUGUUUGGCGGUCGAGGGUGGGCGUCGUCUACCCCAGUUGAGGGCCAUAGUCACCAGUCAGCUUAUGCAGUGAAUUUUUUCUUCUUCUUUUUCUCUUUUCCGUUAAGUCCGAUUCGGAUCGAUAGGAUUGGUUUGGCCGGAACGCGCCGAGGGCGAUCCACCCCGUCGAGUUUGGGGCCUCUCUCCCCUCGUCCCAAUCGAUAAUAAUGCGCAUGAUUUAUCGAUUUAUUAACUGAACUGGCUCACACAGGCCGACGCUCACAGUGCCUCACGCCUCACGGCUUUCCUCGCCCAGUUUUUGAGCCGGAUUUUCGAAAAGUGCGAGAAGGGCCGAGACUUGGGAUCGCCUUUCACGACGGACUUCCUCCCAGCGGCGGACCAACCCCGUUUCACGCCCAGCCCCAAUGAUGGCGAAUAGUCAUUUGGCAGAAAAAUACCAACUAAAGUGGCACAGUCACAGUACCCACCUUCACAGUUCUGUGGCAACGUUAUACCGAUCCGAUAAUUUUACAGACGUUAACCUUGUCACAUGCGAUGGUAGGUCUUUGUCAGCGCAUCGUUUUGUUCUUUCAGCAUGCAGCUCUUAUCUCAACCGUAUACUUCAUGUGAGCUCUGUCGGUUCGUCACCCAGCUCGAACUUAGUCAUCGUACUACCACCUGAGAUCUCCUAUCGCACUCUGGUCCUUCUUCUGCAGUACAUGUACAGUGGAGAGGCGACUGUGAGCAACGAACAGCUCAACGGUGUUCUGAGAGCCGGUGAGAUCCUUAGGAUCAAAGGACUCUGCAGGCACGAAAGGAAGUUCGUCGACAACCAGGAAACCUCAAGAGCCGAAUCCUCAAGCGGUGACAGAUCUUCAGUGAAUAAUUACUAUAUCAAUAAUAGAACACCGACAAAUUUUGAAAAAAAUCAUGAAAAAGCUGCAUGCUCGAAUCAAUCCUAUCGUUCGAAACCUUCGCCAAAAUCUUCAAACAAUGAAAACAAAGAAAACAACAACUCAGAAAAUAAUAAAAACAAACGUAGCUCUAGUGAUAAAGGUAUUAAAGACAACAGAGAAAUCGUGGGACAAGAGCCAAAUGAAAUCAUUAUAGAGGAAAACAUGAAAAUAGAACUUUUAGUUAAAGAAGAACCUAUUGACUGGGAUGAUAAUGACGAAGAUGGAACCAUAUCACAAGACGAGGCUGAACAUGACAUAAAACAGGAACGAUUAAUGCGUGACGACUGCGAUAAUAAUCUAUAUGCUCCACUCACAUGUGACAUGUGCCAAGAAACGUUUACAUCUCCGGCCCUCUGGGUACGACAUAUAGAAACACAUCCGGCAUCAGAUCUACCACAUAAAAGAAGGAAAAAGACACCGGGCGGAGAAGAACAGGACGAUGAUGAGGAAUUCCCCAUAUUGAGAUGCGAACUGUGUCAGGGCGUGUUCACAUCGCCGGCCGAGUGGGUCAAGCACAUACAGGGCGCGCACACCGAGGAACAACUUGCUCUGAACAACAGCACGAAGCACAAUCGCAAACUGCCCAAAGUGUCGUGCAACUCUUGUAACAAAACGUUCCCGAGUCUCGCUUCGAUGAUAAUCCACAGCAGGACGCAUACCGGAGAGAGGCCAUAUACUUGCUACGUCUGUGCCAAAGGAUUCAACGUCAAAAGCAACCUUCUACGCCACCUACGCACCCUCCAUGACCACCUCAUGCACCCAGGGAAUGCCUCCGUUAAAGAUACUUAAACUGUUUUUGUUUUUACCAACCAAUAAAAAGGUUGUAAAUUUAAGUUAAUUUAUUAUUUUCAUAUUGUUUAUAUUAAAAUACAAAAAAUUGACUGAAUACUUUUUUGUUUGUUUUUUGUUUGCUUCUUGUUACUUUUUUGUUUAUUUAGUUUAUUUGCUUUUAGUCACAAUGUGCAAAUAGUAUUACCUUCUUUAUAAUAUCUUAAUGCACAUGUGUAUCUACCGGGGUGACCUUUGAUACCUCACUUUGUACCUAGAUUUCACAUAAGCACUUUAAAUUAUUAAUGAAACAGCGAUAAUUAGAAAAUCAAUAAUUCAUCAGUCAUUCUUUUAUGAAAAAAUCCAAUUUUUUAAUAAUUAAUCCUGGGAGGAUAAAAAUUUGCACCUGAUUUUUUUUUUUUUUUUUAAUAAACAAAAAGAAAAGGACACCCAGUUUAAGUGAGAAUUUUCAAUUUAAAUUGAGUAAUUCACAUGAUGUGUUAUGAAUAUUGAUUGUUUAGAUCGAAUAUUAUUGAAUAGGAGGGCACAUUGACUUCUUGUGCCGUCUCCCAUGGUAACUUCAACUUUUGUACCUUGAUUAUUUUGUCCUAGUAAUAAUCUAGUUCUAGAGAUUUUCUUUUAAAUUCUCUCAAUAUUAAGAGUAGAUGUUUUUUGAAUUUAUAAAAAUUGACAAAAAAAAAUCCCUUAAAACUUAAAUUGGUAUUGUAUAAAGUUUAAAGAGAUAAACUAUGUAAAUAGGAUUUCGACUUUUUGAAAGAAACAAAACAAAAAACAUUCUUUCGUCAUUUUUCCACGGAUAUUUUUCAACUUUAGCAACGUGUC